AUGACCGAUCUGCCCCCACAACGAGUAAAAAGAUCACGACCAUUCCAUCACAUAGGGUUGGAUUAUUUCGGUCCUAUAUCAGUUUAUGAAGGAAAUAAGGACCGUGCAGAAGUGUAUGGGUGCAUUUUUACAUGUGCCGUAACGCGACUAAUUCACCUUGAAGUCGUCUCAGAUGGAACAACCAAAAAAUUCAUCAACGCAUUCCGCCGAUUUGUGGCUGGGAGGGGAAAACCGAAAUCUGUGACUUGCGACAACGCACCCACCUUUCUGUUGGGUAGCCGCAUCAUCAAUGAUAGUCUUGAAAAGAUUACAACCGAUGAGGAAAUCUUACACCAUACGAACAAUCAGUUGAUUGAGUGGAAUCACAUUACACCUUAUUCACCAUGGAAAGGUGGCUUUUACGAGCGCCUCAUAAAAUCAGUGAAGCAUGCACUAUUCAAAGUCAUAGGGAAGCGCAUCAUAACUAGGGAGCCCUUGUGCACCUUUUUCGCAGAAAUCGAAGGGUGCAUCAGUAGUAGACCUCUCACCUAUCAAGAAAGCGAUUUCGACAAUAACAUAUCAACUCUUCGUCCUAUAGACUUUCUUCAACGAGACAUGUAUAUCACACUUCCGCUGCGCUUUUCCAACGAAGAACAGGCAGAUCCAACAUAUUUGCCGUCCUCUGAGGCAGCACGUUUGGAAACGCGAUUACAGACAGAAAAGGCCUUACAGUCUUCGUACUCAUUGACGGAACGCUACUGGAACAUAUGGAGAACACAUUACCUGCCCGCCCUUUAUGAGCAACAUAGACAAAAAAUAAACGAUCAACGCGGAAGCACCAAGGCGCCACGUAAAGGAGAAAUCGUCCUUUUAAGUGAUCCCUGCCAAAAAAGAAAUUACUGGAAAAUGGCUCGUAUAACCAAACUCUUACCAAGCAAGGACGGACCAGUAAGGGAAGUUGAAGUUCUGUGCAACAACAAGUCGCUGCGACAUCCCAUCAACCACCUGAUUCCACUAGAAAUCUCAGAGGCCAAUUGUGAACUUCAACCUUCGGAUGAGAUAAUAACGCAAACAAGAGAACAACCCUCCACCACCCGAUACAACCUUCGUAAAAGGAAGUCCACAGUAUCACGACAACAUACAAGCAGCGUGCAUCAGAUUAGAUCAGAAAGAUCAAAAUCGACGUGGUCACCAUCAGUCUACUUAAAAAUGGCCCUGAUUUUAGCCAUAAUGACAAUAACCACAGGAACCAGAGUACUACACGAGACACAAAAUAACAACUCCUUUCCCACCCCACGAAACCAUUACAUUGAAUGUAAAACAGAAGGUGUCUACCUUAAUGCCCCACAAGCCCAAGAGUACGAAUUAUGCGUCAACAACUAUUGCAUCAAUGAAAAGACGCCACCAGUGGAGAAACUUCUACACUUACCACCAGAAGAACUAAUACAUGACUAUGAAGCCAACUGGAAAGUACGACAAGGAGAUACAUACGUAGCAUUGGUGACAAAGUGUCCAGCACAAUCGUUCUGUACUUCAAUCGACUGUACAAUCUGUUCCGCUAACAUCCUCAACCCAGAAUGUUGGCCACUAGCAGCAAUAAUCGGAUUAGGUAUAUCAGUAUACUUGUUCAUUGCUUUAUGCUACACCAUCUGCUUUGUACCAGUUACAAUUGGCCCUCCUUGUCGAAUCAUCAUGACAGGAAUAGCCACAAUGGCAUUGGCCAUACUAGGAUUAGUUCAUGGAACGUCUGCAUGCCAAAUGGUCAACAUAUUCUCGCAUCAUCUUCACAACUGUAGGACUGCAGAGAAGACAAUUUGCAACAUCGAAAUUGCAGCAGUAAUCAAGAUUAAUCCAUUCAAAAGGGAAGCUUGUUUAAAACUGCGACGGAACGAAACCACACUGUUAGAAAUAAGAGUUUAUUGGGAAGGAUUACGACUAUUGUGUGAACGCGAAUCUAUAACGUAUACUCGUAAUGUGCAGCAAAAAGUGAUCGACAGUAAAAGGUGCCCACAUAUGGGUUCGUGUGUUGGUAACAAAUGCGCAAAUGUGAACGUAACAAGUCUGUUACCGGAAUUAGCCGCCGGAAAUUCCUAUCCUGGCACGACAGGAUGCAUCGAAUCCUGUGGAGGCUGCGACUGCUUCUACUUAAGCUCCGGUUGCCUUUUCUAUAGGAUCUACGAACUCUUCAGAUGCAUCAAAUGGAAAGAGGAUGUGAAAGUUCGUCUGAAUAUUCACAGUGUUAAAGAAGUAACAAAUCAACCCUACGUACUCGCUUUGCGACCAAAUAUACCAGUGAAAGUUCAAAAUAUGGAAACAACACUGAGCAUCCUCUCAACACCACCACUUCCAGUUCUGGAGCAGGCUUUCAUCACUUCGAACAACCAGACAGCAAUAUGGGACCAAAAUAUACUGCCAGCUCUCCGUUGUCCAUCUCGUAACGAUGCUCACUUAUUGCAGUGCAAUUUGCAUCAUGAAUGCGAAUGCACGCCAGCUGAAUCUCAAGUGAGAUGCAAGUGUAAGGACGAUGAAAUCGCGACCAAUUUCAACAAUAUCGAUAACGUGCUCCCACUAACACGGCAACAAGUGCAACUAUCAGAUCAUCCACAGCACGCAGUCAUGGCCAAAGUUGAUCAAGAUGUUUCCGCUGAAAUAAUACUGAACAUAAAAGACAUCUUUGAUGACACUGUGAUCCAGAUAACGGAUGACAUUUGCACGGUUGAGAAUGCGCAACUGAUAGGAUGCUACUACUGCAGCAAUGGAGCUUCAGCGAGGAUAAAAUGUACCUCGUCAUUCAACACUGUCUCCGCAGAAGUUGAAUGCGGCACUGACAGUUUCACAGUCCCAUGUUUCCCCACAGGACAAAUUUCACAACUUAACUUCCUCUGCAGUGCUGCUCGGAUCUAA